GUGUUGUGGAAGCGACUGAUGAGAGCUGAAGGGCAGAAAAGGUAAAGCGGCCGCAAGCCCGCGACCGGGCCCGGGAGUCGCAGCCAGGAAUCUGAAGUAACCAGUAAAGCAGGAUGUCUUCAGUAUGUUCUGAGUAUACAAUUGGUGGGGUGAAGAUUAACUUUCCUUGUAAAGCUUAUCCAUCACAGCUUGCUAUGAUGAAUUCUAUUGUCAGAGGAUUAAAUAGUAAGCAGCAUUGUUUGUUGGAGAGCCCCACAGGGAGUGGGAAAAGCUUAGCCUUACUUUGCUCUGCUUUAGCAUGGCAACAAUCUCUUAGUGGGAAGCCAGUGGAUGAAGGCUUAAGUAAAAAAGCUGAAGUACCAUUGUCGUGUUGUUGUACAUGCCAUUCAAAGAAUUUUACAAACAAUGACGUGAACCAGGGAACUUCAUAUCAUUUCAACAGUCCAAGUACACCACCUUCUGAAAGAAAUGGCACUUUGUCAACUUGUCAAGACUCUCCUGAAAAAACUACACUGGCUGCAAAGCUAUCUGCUAAGAAACAGGCAUCCAGGUACAGAGAUGAAAAUGAUGAUUUUCAAGUAGAGAAGAAAAGAAUUCGACCCUUAGAGACUACACAGCAGAUUAGAAAACGUCAUUGUUUUGAAAAGGAGGUGCACCAUUUGGAUGCAAAAGUUGCUUCAGGAAAGACCACAAAACUCAACUCCCCAUUAGGAAAGAUAAACUCCUUUUCUCCACACAAUCCCCCUGGUAACUGUUCUAGGUGCUGUUGUUCUACUAAACAAGGAAACAGUCAAGAUUCUUCAAAUACCGCUAAGAAGGAUCAUGGGGGGAAGUCCAAGAUACCCAAAAUAUAUUUUGGGACACGCACACACAAGCAGAUUGCUCAGAUUACUAGAGAGCUCCGGAGGACAGCAUACUCAGGGGUCCCAAUGACUAUUCUUUCCAGCAGGGAUCACACUUGUGUCCAUCCUGAAGUAGUAGGUAACUUCAACAGAAAUGAAAAGUGCAUGGAAUUGCUAGAUGGAAAAAAUGGAAAAUCCUGCUAUUUUUAUCAUGGUGUUCAUAAAAUUAGUGAUCAACACGUAUUACAGACUCUCCAAGGGAUGUGCAAGGCCUGGGAUAUAGAAGAAUUCGUCAGCUUGGGGAAAAAACUAAAGGCAUGUCCAUAUUACACAGCACGAGAACUAAUGCAAGAUGCUGACAUAAUAUUUUGUCCCUACAACUAUCUUCUAGAUGCACAAAUAAGGGAAAGUAUGGAUAUCAGUCUGAAAGAACAGGUUGUCAUUUUAGAUGAAGCUCAUAACAUUGAGGACUGUGCUCGGGAAUCAGCAAGUUACAGUGUAACAGAAGUUCAGCUUCGGUUUGCUCGGGAUGAACUAGAUAGUCUGGUUAACAAUAACAUAAGGAAGAAAGACCAUGAACCCCUGCGAGCUGUGUGCUAUAGCCUCAUUAAUUGGUUAGAAGCAAACUCUGAACAUCUUGUGGAAAGGGGUUAUGAAUCAUCCUGUAAGGUAUGGAGUGGAAGUGAAAUGCUCUUAAAUUUAUACAAAAUGGGCAUAACCACUGCUACUUUUCCCAUUUUGCAGGGACAUUUUUCUGCUAUCCUUCAAAAAGAAGAAAAAGUCUCAUCAGUUCAUGGUAAAGAGGAGGCAAUAGAAGUACCUAUUAUUAGUGCUUCAACUCAAAUAAUGCUCAAAGGACUUUUUAUGGUGCUUGACUAUCUUUUUAGGCAAAAUAGCAGAUUUGCAGAUGAUUAUAAAGUCGCUAUUCAACAGACUUAUUCUUGGAUAAAUCAGACUGAUACUUCAGAUAAAAAUGGGUUCUUGGUUCUACCAAAAAAUAAGAAACGUUUACGAGAGAAAACAGCAGUUCAUGUGCUGAAUUUUUGGUGCUUAAAUCCAGCUGUGGCCUUUUCAGAUAUUAAUGGCAAGGUUUGGACGAUUGUUUUGACAUCUGGGACAUUAUCACCAAUGAAAUCCUUUUCAUCAGAACUUGGUGUUACAUUUACUAUCCAACUGGAGGCUAAUCAUGUCAUUAAUAACUCACAGGUUUGGGUUGGCACCAUUGGGUCAGGCCCCAAGGGUCGCAAUCUCUGUGCUACCUUCCAGCACACGGAAACAUUUGAGUUCCAGGAUGAAGUGGGAGCACUUGUGUUAUCUGUGUGCCAGACUGUGAGCCAAGGAAUUUUGUGUUUCCUGCCAUCUUACAAGUUAUUAGAAAAGUUAAAAGAACGUUGGCUCUCCACUGGUGUAUGGCAUAAUCUGGAGUUGGUGAAGACAGUCAUUGUAGAACCACAGAGAGGAGAAAAAACUGAUUUUGAUGAAUUACUGCAGGUGUACUAUGAUGCAAUCAAGUACAAAGGAGAAAAAGAUGGUGCCCUCCUGGUGGCAGUUUGUCGUGGUAAAGUGAGUGAGGGUCUGGAUUUCUCAGAUGACAACGCCCGUGCUGUCAUAACAAUAGGAAUUCCUUUUCCAAAUGUGAAAGAUCUACAGGUUGAACUAAAGCGACAAUAUAAUGACCAGCAUUCAAAAUUAAGAGGUCUUUUACCAGGUCGUCAAUGGUACGAAAUUCAAGCAUACAGGGCCUUAAACCAGGCCCUAGGUAGGUGUAUUCGACACAAAAAUGAUUGGGGAGCUCUUAUUCUAGUGGAUGAUCGCUUCAGGAGUAACCCAAGUCGAUACAUAUCUGGACUUUCUAAGUGGGUUCGGCAGCUGAUUCAGCACCAUUCAACCUUUGAGAGUGCACUGGAGUCCUUGGCUGAAUUUUCCAAAAAGCACCAAAAGGUCAAUGAUAUAUACAAAGAAGAAAGAAAAUCUAUACAGGACAAUGAGUCUACGCUUGCAGUGGCUUGUUUGAAGGAUAAUACCUCAACUUAUUUAUUAGAAGCAGCAAGCCACCUAUCACCAGAGUAUCCUAGGGAAGAUGAUCCAUUAGUGUUGGAAGAGUCUGCCCAGGCAGUAGGAGCAGAAAAAAUUGUGAUUUCCAGAUCCACAAGCCCAACCUUCAACAAACAAACAAACAGAGUUAGCUGGUCUGGCAGUAAUUUUCUGGAACAGUAUCUUACUGGUAAAAUUCUGACUGGAACACCUAAGUUUAGGUCAUCAGAGGACUGUGCCUCUAAUUCUUCCACUUUCAAAACAGAAAAGGGAUGUGAAGCAGUUUUGCCACUCACUGGUAAAUAUGAGUCCUCCUCUCUGACAGUAAACACAUCACUUGGACCAUGCCCUCAAUCAGAAACCAUUGUUCCAUCAAUAAGGAUUAAUGCUACUCUUCUGAAUCCAGAAGAUCCAGACAUUCAGUUGUCUCUAGUAUGUGAAGAAGCUGAACUUUCUACUUCAAAUACAGCUUUUGAAACAGAAGCAGAGGAUGAAUCUAUCUAUUUUACACCCGAACUUUAUGAUCCCAUAGAUACAAAUGAAGAAAAGAAUGAACUAGUUGGAACUGAUAGAGACAACAGAUUGGCUAAUAAUUCAAACUGCAUUUUAGCUGAAGAUCUUUUUGAAAUUAAAACUAUGAAAGGAGUGGAUUCAGUCAGAGAAAUGAAAGCUGAGGAUUGCACAGGCACAAAGUUGAAUAGACUCUUGCAUAUUAAAGAAAGUAAAGUUGAUGACAUUGGUAGUAAUGUAAAAACGACUCAUAUAAGUGAAUUGGAACUGGGAAAAAACUCAUGAAACGGAUAUAAAGAACUUUAAACAGUCUCCUUCCAAAAAUAAAGAUGUGUUCCCUGGUAUUAGGUAAUAAUACUUAACUGUCAAGGUAU